GGAUCCCUCGGAGGAAGCGGGUCCGUUUGAAGCUGCGAAAGGCGCUCCAUGGAAACCAGCCCGGGUGGCGCCUGGGAACCGCGGCGGGGCUUCCGAGGCACCAAGGCGUCCCGGCGUUGCUGGCGCAAGAGCAAACUGUGAUGGCAAGGCCAGUCAUUUCCCCUGUCAGUAUCAACCCAACUGCUCCUGAAACCUUUGAAGUCCUGAAUCAGAGGAUGAGAGUAGUUGAAGAACAGACAAGUUCCCUGUUGCAGGAUCUACGGACGCUGGAUGUGAAAGGACAAAGUAUGGAACUUGCCCCUUCAAGACUCUUGGAGAAGAUUGGAGAUCAUGAGUCCAUCAGCCCCAUCUGUGCCAAAGUGGCAUUUGGCGGAGUGAAUGACACACUGUGGCGAACCUGUGAAACUCUUGUGAAUCGGGUGUGCCGUCUAGAAAGUGUCGUGCAGAGUCUGAAGCUCAACAUGUUCCGACUGCAGACAGAAAAAGAGUUGAAUCCACAACAUGCAGCUAAUUUAGAACAGCGCUUGAACACCAUACAGGAGGAGCAUAUAGAAGAAUUAAAGGUGCUGCAAACAGAGGGCAGAAUGUUAUGCCAGCAGCUCCGUGAGUCCCGGGAAGAGGAAGAAAAAGCUUGCAAGCAAGUGGAGCGGUUGAGGGCUGCUCUGGAGAUUGCAACCGCAACAAAGAGAGAGAUGUCCAUCACUGUAGAUGAACUGAGGGCGGCCAAACAGAAGACGGAUCAUGAACUGCAGGGGUUAACAGAGCAGCUGUCCAAAGAGACUAGCAGGCGGGAGUCUUUGGAAGAAUCGCAGGCUGUUCUGCUUUAUCAGAUACAGGAUAUGGAAGUGUCAGUGGAGAAAGAACGGAAGCAGGUUCAUCUUCUGCAGCAGGACUGUAACAGCUUACGGCAGGACAUUCAGAUCUCAAGAGAGAGCCUGAAAAAGGAAGAAGAGAGGAGAGCUCACCUCGAGCAGGAAUGUGCGCAGCUUAAGAAUAGUCUAGAAUCCCAAGAGACUACCAUUUCCAGGCUAGCUGAAAAAGGAAAGGUUGCACAGGCGUCCUUGAGCAAAGCCCAGGAGGAGAAUAUACAGCUGCAGACAGAAAUCACUGCCUUGCGAGAAGUGGCAGAAAAAGUGCAAGUGCUUAAUGAGCAGCUGACCCAAGAGUGUGCAGAGCUGAAUGAUGCCCUUCGGAGUGUAACCAUGGAGAAGGCUCAGCUGAUCUCACAGCAUCGGGCUGCCCUGAAGGCGGAACAGGAGAAAAUUAAUGAGAAACUGCAAGAGCAAGACCUGAUUUUGGAUGCUGCACGGGCCAGCAUUACAGCAGAGCUGCAGAUUGUGCAGAAUGAAAAAGCUGAGCUCCAGAGAGAGAUAGAUGCACUGCAUGCAGAACAUUCUGAUUGUAAGCAAAAGGCUUGUAACGUUGAGGACAACACAGCCAUCCAAAAGGAGCUCCUGGAGUCUACAGUUUCCAGGAUACAAAAGGAACUGGAGACAGCUCUCCAGGAGAAGACGACUCUGAUGAAGGAGAAAGGAAAACUGGAGGAAGAGAUGCAGAAAGCGCUACAUGAAAUGAUGGAGGAGAAAAAAAGCCUGGAAGCAGAACUAGCAGCAAGCAAGUUGGAAGUUGGCUCUCUGAAAGAGACACUGAAAGGACUAGAGGAAGAAAAUAAGAAAUUAACAGAGCAGGAAGCUGCUUUGGAACGCCAACAGCAGGUCAAACAGGUUCUCAGUGAGAUGACUGACAAGACUGAACUGGCAAACAACAAAGGCAAACUUCAGGUAAAUGCAGAACUUGGCUCGACCAGAAUUAACAUGCAGAGGAUGGAGGCACAGCUAAGACAGGCACAGUCCGUUCUUGCCCACACAGAGGAAGAAUUUUCUGCAACAGUCAAAACCCAGGAUGAAGCCGUAAGAGAGAACCAGAAGCUGAAAGGGCAAAUAAGUGCCACUGAGGAGAGGGAAAAGCACAAGGUGGGAAAUCUACGACGCAAGCUGGAGGCGUCCAAGGAGGAUAACAUCAAAAUGACAACCAUGCUGGAGAACCUGUUGGCUUCUCAUAACAAAAUGCAGAUGGCUUUGGAGAAGCUGCAGACAGAACUGGGGCACAAAGACUCUGAGAUUGCCAGCCUCAAGAUGGAGAGGAUCCAAAGCCAGCAAAGUAUUGAGAAAUUUGAGGCAGAGCUGGAGCAGUGCCGGAACAAACUUUUCUUGGAAUCGCAGCAGGGCAUGAAGUCGGGUCCACUCCUUAAAGCACUGGAAGCCGUUAAAGCUGAAAAGAAGAAACUUACUCAAAGUUUAGAGCAAGCGUUGCAGACCAAUAGUGCCCUUCAAAGCAAACUCGUGCUUGUUCAGGAUGAGUUGGAGAGCAAAGAAGCAGAGUACCAGCAACUGAUGGCGUGCAGGGACCAGCUGAUUGAGGAAAGCAAGAUGGAAGCUAAGGUAUAUGGAGACCGCCUCGAGACACUGAAGAAACAGUUUCAGACCGAGCGGGAAGUCACCAAGAAAGCAGCCCAGAAGGAAUCAGCCGAGCUGAAGAAAGCCCUCGAAGAAGCCUGCUCUAAAUUUGGGGAAAUGUCACGUUGCAACAGGGAACUGCGGGCAAAAGUGGGGGGGCUGGAGAUGGCCCUGGCGAGCCAGAAGGAGAAGGUGAAGAGACAGAAAGCAUUAAUCACACAGCACUUCAACUCCAAGGCCAGCAGUGCUCGAAAUACAGAGAGGAUCAAAGAGAUUGAGUCAGAACUGAAGCAAAUGGAAGAGCUGAAGCAGCAAUAUCAGAAGAAAAACUAUGAGCAGUCCCUUAGUAUCAAAGAAUUUAUGACUGAAUUAACGGACCUGCAACGUGAGAUGCAGCAGCUGGCCAAAAACCAGCAAGCCAUGGCAGCUGAGAACAGAAACCUGCAGAGCCAGCUGGAACAUGAGCAGAAACGUCGGCAGCAGCUGGAGGAAGAGUGCCAGGCUCUGGAAGUCACAGUGAGACAUUUGAGGAAAUGUAAGGAGACGACUGAACAGAAGCUGAAAGAAGCCAGUAUAGAAUCCGAACAAAUAAGUGCUAACCUGGAAGAAGCUCACCGCUGGUUCAAGUCGAAGUUCGACAACCUGCAGCGUGAGCUGGCAAGGAACAGGCAGCAGAAGAGUUCUGUCGAGCGUGAGGAAGAGGAGGAAAGGCCGGUCAGACUCCCUAGCCAGGCGUGUUUGAAGCGCUGGGAAACAAAGAAUCAGCUGAAGUUCAUCUCCAGGAAAUACCUAAAUGAGCUCAACGAGUGAUGGAUUCCUGCUGCAGGAGGUUCCAGGCUACAAGAGGUGACUCUGUACCUGUGAACACCACUUCUCAAACCAAGGGCUGCUCUGUGCUGCCAAGUGGUACUCAGAGGAGCCUAAAGCUGGGCCUUCUCAAAAUGUGAGCAUCUGCACAGGCAGAGACAUGCAGGGUCUGGGGGAACCCAAGAAUCACAGUUUCAACAGAGGAACCACCAACCAAAGCAGGAGC